AUGUGGCGGUGCGCGUGCACGGCAGCGGCAGGUGUACUCAGAGCCUGUCCAGCCCGUGAACCGCAGUAGUAACGAAACCGGACCUGUAGAAUGACUCGGGAGGGGCAGCCGUGAGAGGAAAGAUGAGAGAACGGCAUGAAUAUGGAGGAUUCGGGCCCGGAUCGCAGGGGCUCGGUGUUCGCUGGGCUGGUGGGGGCGUCGCAGGUUCUGGGUCUGGUGUCGGUGGUGAUCACCGGCGUGUGGAUGGGUCACUAUCGCGGUGGCUUCGCCUGGGAUGGCUCAGCCCGGGAGUUUAACCUGCAUCCUCUGUGCAUGGUGCUGGGCCUGGUCCUGCUGCACGGGGACGCCAUCCUGGUCUACAGAGUGUUUUCAAACGAGGCAAAGAAGAAGGUGAAGCUGCUUCACGGCACCAUCCACCUGCUCGCCCUCAUCACCAGCAUCGUAGGUGUUGUAGCUGUGUUUGACUUCCACUCAGCCUCCCUCAUUCCACACCUGUACUCUCUGCACAGCUGGGGCGGCCUCACCACCUUAAUUCUCUUCAGCUUGCAGUGGGUGAUGGGCUUGCUCUUCUUCCUGUUUCCCGGGGCGUCGUCAUGGUUGCGAGCCACUUACCUGCCAAUCCACGUGUUCUGCGGGCUGACCCUGCUGGUCAUGGCCAUAGGGACGAGUUUACUGGGCAUCACUGAGAAACUCCUCUUCAGCAUUGAGUCCUCCUACCCUCAGUUUACCUCAGAGGGGGUGCUGGCCAACAUCCUGGGGGUCCUUCUGGUGCUCUUCGGGGUGCUUCUUUGCUACUUGGUAACCAGAGAGGAGUACAGACGCCCACCAAACCCAGAGGAAGAGGCUCUGUCUGUGCACUUCAAGACCCUGACUGAGGGCGGGGCUCCUGCCACACCUUGACUCCUCCGACUCCACCUGUUGCCGACCAGCCAGUCCAUGAAGAGCUAUCAGAAGCUUCUGGUAACCUGGAGUUAAGAAUGUUCACGUGUCUUAUGUUAGUUUAUGAUGCUUUCGUCUCUCUUUUCCGGGGCUUUAACCUCCGGAGAGGGACGUGCUUCGCCAAGUUUAGCUCCGCCCCCUGUGCACAGAGUCCUGACAUGUUUGCUGUUUUUGUUGCAAGAUGACUCAUUCCAGCUUCCUGGGGUUCAAACACACAGCUGAUGAAAGCUGAAGCUUUAGACACCAACCCUGUGCUGGAGGACAUCAAGAGCAUUUGGUUUCAAAGAAGCCCUGCUUUGUGACCCACCUGUGUCUCUGCGGCUCACCUGUGUCUCUGCGGCUCACCUGUGUCUCUGCGGCUCACCUGUGUCUCUGCGGCUCACCUGUGCGUCGGAUGUAACUGAAGUGAUUUUAUGUUGAGUUCAGAACCAGCUUUGCCAAAUGUACGUACUGGAGAUUUGUUUGUUGUGUCCUUUAUGGUCUCAAAUAAAGUCAGAGUGAAACAGCA